GAUCUCCCCAGUAUAAAGCAAGAGGGCGCUAAGCACCCACCUGAGAUUUUUAAGUCAGGCUUGCACCCACCUGAAAAUCCAUUUGCACUUGCUUAAAAAUUAUUAAAAUGGCCAUAUUUUGAUCAAUUUUGAUCCGAAUUGUGAAAAUGAGAAAUUUGAACCCAUCUGAGAAAACGUCAAAUACCAUUGGCCCUAUAGUGUUAAUUUUAUUUUGUGUAAUAUAUGCCCAAUAUGAGAACAAGUUCUGCCAUGACCAUCCCUAUCAAAAUGGCCAUAAUUUUGGUCUGCAGUUUACAAUAAUAUGUGAUAUUCAUUUAGUUCAAAAUCCAUUUUUAAAAUAUGAUGAUGAUUGGAUCUUUCAAAUUGGUGCCAUCCAUUUUUUGAAAAUAAGUAGAAUGAUUUCGUUCUUUAUAUCUGUAUUCUCAGAUACAUGACACACUGUCUAAUGAUUGCUACUGGAGAUGGCCAUUUUGAAAAUGACAGCCAUUUUUAUAUGUGUUAUUUGCUAGAAAAGUAGUGGUAUGAUUUUAUUCAUUUUUAGCAUAUGAAUAUGGAGGCCAUUUGAAAAAUGUUCGAUGGAAUUUGCUACACCUUGGCACUGUCGUUUUCUAUUGCUUCUUUAUUAACUUGUAUCACACAUCACCUCAAUUACAUUUCCUGUUACUAUAUUUAUAAUUUGAUUCCAACAUUCAAUCCAGAUGACAGUGUAGCUAACUUAGAUGAACCAUUGUCGUUGCUAAUGCAGAUGUCUCCUUGUAAUUAAACUGAUAUCAUAGUUAACAUGUAAAAUCAGUCAAAUAAAACCGAUGUCAUAGCAAACCCAUGAAAUCAAUGGAAUAAAACUGAUGUCAUAGCAAGCACAUAAAAUCAGUGGAAUAAAACUAAUGUCAUAAUGAACAUUAAAAUCAAUGGAAUAAAACUGAUGUCAUAACUUACAAAUAAAUCCAGUGGAAUGAAACUGAUGUCAUAACUUACACAUAAAAUUAUCAGUGCAAUACAACUGAUGCCAUAACACAUAAAAUCAAUGGAAUAAAACACAUGAAAUCAAUGGAAAGAACUGAUGUCAUAAGUAUACAUAAAAUAAAACUGAUGUCGAAGUGAACACAAAUGACUUAAUAAAACUUUCUUAGGUAUCUAAGUUUAAUAAGCAGGAACCUAAAAUGGAUAAAUUGAACAAUUCAAUUCUGACAAAAUGGAACAAUGAAACAACACAAUGCCUAGGAGUGGCUCCUUUAUCUCCGAUUGCAUUAAUUAUACACAUCAUCAUUAUUACUAUAAUCCAACUUGUCAUUACACUCACUAAUGGACUAUUCCUAAUCAUACUAUGUGACAAGAAAACAAAGUUGUCACCCACAUGUAUUUUAGUGCUGUGUCUCACUGUUGCAGACUUGAUUUCUGGCUUUGUUGUAUUACCAAUGAUAACCUACACCCGGCUCGUUACUCCACUGUACGCACAAUGGGGAAUGCAGGAGGACUCAAAAGAAACACAGAGGGCUACUUGUUUUGUGCUUUUGUUAUUAGGGAACAUAACAUACAUUGUGUCAUUCUUCAUCAUGGCAGCCAUUGCAUUUGAGCGUUUCAUCGGAAUGAAACUAUAUAAGUCACUGAAUAAAACGAGAGCUAAACGAAAAGUACUUUGUGGCGGAGUACUAAUUUGGGUUUACGUCGCGGCUCUUUGUAUUGCACUUUUCCCAAAAUCAUUCAGCUAUGAUCCAGUACAAGGUUGUCAUCUUACAUUAUGUGUGUCCAAACCAUUUCUACGAAUUUUGAGACCCCAUUUGUGGAUUCCCCUUUGUCUGUGUAUAGUAUUUUACAUUGGAAUAUACAUCACGAUUGUCAAACACAGACAAAUUGUUAACAUAGAAACAAAUGGUAACCCUAUGAAUACCCUAAAACAUAUACACGAGGAAAGAUGGGUAAAAACAAUAUUUUGGGUUCUUGUUGUGUUUUAUGGAACAUGGUUGCCAUAUUAUAUAACAAACUCACUUAUUACAUACGAGGAGUGUAUGGCCGCAUGGAAAAAGAAUAUUUUAUAUUCAAUGUCUACCUUUGCUUUUAUGAGUUCGGUCGCUAAUCCUUGGAUUUACACUUAUAGACACACCACCUACAGGAAACUAUUGAAAAGGAAAUUAAAGCGAUUGAGAAAGUGUAUGAAGUGUUGUAAAACAUGAAGUUACAUUUUGAAUUUAUUCAUUUUGACUAAAGAUAAUUGAAAAAUAAACUGAAUAUAUUAAGGAGGGUUUCAAUGAGCUGUAUUAUAUGUUAUAUAGACAUGCCGGUUAUAUGAAACUGUUGAAAAAGAAAUUAGGUGGAUUAUGAAACUGUAUGAAGUGUUGCAAAACAUGAAGUGAUAUUUUGAAUUUAUUUAUUUUGAUUAAAGAUAAUUGAAAAAUAAACAAUAUAUUUAGGAGAAUUUCAGCAAUCUGUAUUAUACAAAUAGACGUGUCACCUGAAGGAAAGUUGUUGAAAUGGUACAAUAAGAUUACAUUUUGAAAUUACUCACUAUGAGAUAGUUGAAAACUAAACUUAAUAUAUUAAAGUUUCUACAAGCUAACACAUAGAAGUGUCCCUUAAAGGAAAGUGAUGAAACGGUACAAGGAGAUUACAUUUGAAAUUACUCAUUUUGAGCUAGUUUAAAACCAAACUGAAUGUAUUAAGGUUUCAGGAAUCUGUAUUAUACACAUAGACAUGUCCCUAAACCUGAUUUUACGCCAUAAAAAUCUCCGCCAUUUUGAAACAAUGCGAGUUUUUGAGACACCACAUAUGGAACAAUUGACAACCUUAUGUAGACACAUUUUAAAAGUGAAAUCGUUCCAAUUGUAGUGGAGGAAAUUUGAAUUAGCUACCAAUGUGUUGACA